AUGUCGGUGAACGAGAAACGCCAUUCCCAACAUACAUCAACCCCUCGAGCUGUGAGCUCCUCCGAGUCGGACCGUGAAGCGCUUGACCAACGACUACAGCGCCUGUCCGACGAGAUCCUCCCCCGGUUCCUUAUCUUCUCACGGCAUGACAGGCCCUUCCGAUUGGAGGAGCAGCAACUUCAAUAUAUGACCUUCCUGGCUCACCGCGACUCCGAUUCAUUGCUCGUUGCCGUUGGGGAUUGGUCAGACGAAACAGGGCGCAUGAUGGCUGAUCGGUCAACGGUACCAAAUACCACAGAAAGCUCAAGAGAUACUGUGGCCAAGAAGAAGAUCAGUCUCAAGGACUACAAGGACCAGAAGACGACUGGCGCAGCUGCAUCCCCCAUGGGCCCCGAUGCGGGCGGUCGAGAUGCACCAGGAUCUACUAAAUCAGAAGAAAAACGACAAACGACGUCUUCAGAUCCCCCGAAAACCGUGCAUGGGGCCGAAAGUUCCCCAAUACCGCCAAAGUCGCACACACGCCUAUCCCCAAAACGAGCAGGACAAAAGCGCCCAUCUGGCUCAGAACGCGAGUUCCUUAAUGCAAAAGGAACCAAAGAUCUCGAAGCGCAUUCUUUAAAGAAACCUCGACUAUCGCCCGAAAAAGAGCCCCGCCGAGCUCCUAGCCCCCUGAAAUCGCACUCACCUAAGCUACCCGCUCUCCUGUCCCCUACUCUUCCACCGAUUUCAACGGGACCUCGACUUCCGCGGUUACUGUCUCCAACCCUACCGCCAGACAUUGAGAAGGAACUAGCUGCCCUUGAGAAUGCGCCUCAAUCUCGGAACAAUCGACCAAAUAUUGCAGAGAAGGCAUUGCCUGUGAAAGAACCCAGUCGCCGGGAAGACACAAGCGACAACACUCGCGCUCACCCCCCAAAGACACAACUAAUUACCAGACUACGGUAUGGGAGGGCCAAUCGAAAGCGUGUCGAAGCCUUGCUCAAAUUUAACGGUAAAAGGCAGAGCCAACGUUCAGAUUCACCAAUCAGUCAAGACGCGGAUCGUGACGAUCUCUCCCGCCACAAGAAAAAGGCAGCAGAUACUGGAUCCUCUCGCCUCGGAGGCCCGAAAUACAAGAAACAAGAGACUGAUGAGCCUAUCAGCUCUCAAGAAGGACGGAAAAAGGAGUCCAAAAGCCUCCCCGAGAAGCCCCAAACACCGGUUCCUCAAUCGUCAUCGGUAUCCCAUACAGCUGCACAUGAGAAAUCAAAAACAAGCUCUAUCACACCGGUGAAAGACUUGAAAUCUUCCUCUCGCCGAAACGACCUUGCAGAGAGUGAUCGCAAACCAUCGUCUCAUCCAAUCAACAAACGGCAUUCUGUUGAUCCGGGGUCAACUUCCAAAGGCCCCCCAACACAGCCAGAUGGUCGCAUGCACAACGACAUUCAAACCUGGUUGCAAGAAUGGCAAAAGUUUGCAGGCUUAGGACGUGAAUUGAAACAUGCCGCGGAGCGAUAUACCAACAGAAGUGGGGCGCCAGGUAAUACCGAGAAGCUUGCUGCAGUAACUGCUAUUGAGGCUCUGUUGUCUUUCAUCUUAGCUUUCGUGGCAAAUGACCAAGUCAGGCUUUUGAAGCGCCAGGUCGCAGAUUCUACAAGUUGGCUAUCUAUCGUGGCAUAUUGGCGCGUGGUCAAGAAAAACAGUGCACCAUUUCCGGCCCUAAGUAACCUCUGCUCGCUACUUGGUGCUGUCUCCUACAGUACAAUCCAUGCUCUUGACCUUGAACGUCUGGCCUCAAUCCCAAUUCCUGGAGAUCACACCCCGGCACCCACACCUGGAAGUGAUGGCAAUGCAGUUGUGCCAGACGAGAAGAAAACUAGGAAAGAUUUUUCGGACCUGAAGAACCGACUGCCUGACACCUACAGAGACUCCCAAAGAUUUUGGCUGGAAGGCACACGGGGCCUAUCUGAGGAUGUGCUUGAGCGUGAGUUCCCCACAAGUUGGUCUCAACGAUCUCGAGAAUACUCCGAGCGAGGUCGACGAUCAUCGCUCAAGGCUGGUGACUAUUCCGGUGCCUACUUCCUACCAUUCAGUGGCUUUACCCCACCCAUUGAGGUUGUCCGGUUCAGCUGGUCCCUCUUGAAGGAGUGGUGCUCAAAAGAACAGGUGGAGUGGAAUGGGCGCCUGGGUCUCUAA